AAUGUCCUGCUGGAUUUUAUGCAAAAGAUAUGGAGGAAGAUUUCUAUUUUACUUCCAAUCCGUCCUAUGGGUUCUAGUAAACUGAAGCUUAUUUUUCCUUGAGCUUCCGCAUAUUCAAAUUCUUUCUCUUAAAUAUACUUUCUAUCUGGUUGGUAUGAUCUCUUUUAUUAUGACUUUCAAAUAAAAUGAUUCAAGUGAGCUUUAUGGAUUUGGUCAUGCCACAUGUUGGCAAAUCCAAAGAACAAAAAGAUAAAUCUGAUACUAAAGAUAAGAAAGAGGGAAAGGUCAAAAAGAGGAAACCCAUUACUGAAUUUGAUGAAUACUCCUUUUGAGAUGUUUGAGACGGAUACGUGUUACAUUUUGAUCAUCACUGCAUCCUCAUGGGAAACUGAGUUGCGUAUCAAAACUAUAAGCACUUUAUUGGAUUUCUCAUAAAUGGGAUAUUUAAUUUGCUAGUCCCAAACUUCCUAAUCAAACUGAUAUUCUCAGUCCUGGGAUACAAGCAUUAUGGGUUUAGGCUAUUCAUGGUGAACCUGCAUGCAAUGUUGGUUGCUUACCUGGGAAUAGCAUGACUCAUUCUUUCAAUAGCUUUAGUAGCCCUUCUCUGGACUAACAUCAGCGACACCUUGGAGUAUUGGGAAGAGAAAAUUAGAAAGAAAAAUCCUAAAGAAGCAGAUAGACUCAAAAGAAGAGGUCUUUUUGGUGGAGGAAAACUAUGAUUGAUGAAGUUUUACAAAGUGAAAAGUUUCAGAGAAAUAAUAAUGUAAAUAUAACCAGGAAAACAUCUAAAUCAAGUUAUGAGAUCUUUCUUAGCAACUAUGGCAUAGUUAUAAUUGAAUUAAAUGCAAAU